AUGGGAUACACCGGACCUACCGUCGCCUCUCCCGAGAGCGGAAACGCCGCCUUUUGGAGCUAUGGCUAUGUUCCCUCGCUCGCUUUGGGUGUUAUCGGUGUUAUUACCUUCAUCGCUGUGGCUGGUCCCCAUCUUUGGUUCUUUGUCAAGAUCAGAGGCACCAGGAGUGUCCAUGGUCUGUUGUUCUUCACUGCCGUCAUUGAGGCCUUGGGUUACGGUGCAAGGAUCUAUACUCACCGCAAGCCCUUCGGUGGCAUGUCCUUUUUGCUCGGUAUCUUUCUUAUUCAAAUCGCCACUGUCCUUCUCACAGCCGCCAUGUACAAAAGCGUUCAACGACUCACCAAGUACACCCCGGAAGGCCGCCACAUGUCGCCCAUGAGGCCCAGAUCUAUGCUUGUCUUGUUUGUCAUUCUUGAUGUCAUGUCCACCCUCGUUUUCCUCGCUGGCAAUGUUCUCCAAGCCAUCACCAUUAUCAUUGUCUCCAUCUUUGUCUUUGUCAUCUACCGCCGAUCGACCCGAAUCAUCAAUACUGCCUUGGCCAACAACAAGGACGUUGACAACUACCCUCUCAUUCACCCGGCCUUGACGCAGGUGUUGAUCACCUUCGGCUUGUUCUUUGUCAGACUCAUCAUGCGCAUUGCUGAGGGUGCCCAAGGCGCGUACGAAUAUGCUGCGACGCACGAAGUCUUCUUCGCGAUCUUUGAAUACCUUCCCAUCAUCCUCAUCCUCAUCCUCUGGGCCGCUCGACCGCUCAAAAACUUCCUUCCCCUCAACCAGACCACCACUACCACCUCUACUCACGAAGACGUCGAGAGGACCGCCGAGCUUGGAAGGAGCGAGUCGCAGGUGGAGGGAGAGAAGGCUUGA